CGGGUCGUCAGCGAUGACGUUUUACGCAGGCGCAGAGAGCCUGUCCACGGGAGGCCAUGGGGAUGAAGGGUCGAUUUCCAGUGCGGCGGACCCUUGAGUUCCUGCGGAGUGGAUCAGUGUCUUUGAAGGAUUCGGUGAAGAUCCUGACGGUGAAUUACAACACGCACGGGGAGAGGAGUGACGGAGCAAGAAAGUUUGUUUUCUUCAACAUACCUCAGAUCCAGUACCAGAAUCCUUGGGUUCAAAUUGUUAUGUUCAAGAACCUGACACCAUCACCUUUUCUAAAGUUUUAUUUGGAUGAUGGUGAACAGGUUUUGGUUGAUGUUGAAGGAAAGAACCAUAAAGAAAUUGUUGAACAUGUGAAGACCAUCCUGGGAAAGAGCCGAGAGUUGCUGGAAGCUGAAGAGCAAGCACGAAAGGAGCAUUCACACCCUGCGCACUUUGGGCCCAAGAAGUACUGUCUGCGGGAAUGCAUCUGUGAGGUUGAAGGGCAGGUUCCUUGUCCAGGUCUGGUGCCUUUACCUAAGGAACUGACUGGGAAGUACCGGGCUACCUUGUCAGCAGGCACUGCUGUGUAGACAAUGCUUUCAGCAAGAAUGAAUAUGCUUAAUUUUAGAAGUCAGGAAUGACUUGGUUUCAUCAGCAAAAUCAGAGUUGAUGUGAAUUUGUCGGUCAUGCAGAACCUGACUGUUUGUUUUGAAUUCAAAACAACAAAUUGAGAAUGUAAGGGAAUAUUCAUGUUGUUUGAAAAGACAUCCAGAAGGCAUGUUAUCUGUCAAGAUUAUCCAUCUGCAGAUGAAUGAUGCAGAAUUGAUCAGGUUGGUGACUUAAGUGAGUGAAAAAGAAUUAACUUUAAUUGUUGCAUAUGCCAGUGAUCUGUAAAAACAUCACUGUUAUGGUAGAAUAAUUAACUCAAAAAGCUAGCCUAAUGAUGUAAAUGUAAUCACUGUUUUAUAAACUUAUCCAGUUCAUUAAUAUCCUUCCAAAGAAGGAAAUCUCCUGUCCUUACACGUGACUUCAGAUGCACAGCAAUGUGGUGGACUCAACUGCCCUCUGCACCUGGGGCUAGGUGAUUAAAUGCAGCACCCACAUCCUGUGAACAAAAGUUCUGAUUUCCUCUUUCUGACGUUCUGACUUAUGUUCCAGAGCUCUCCACGUACGUAUGCACAGUGUAUGCACUAGACUUGUUUUUUUUCCAUUGUCCAUCAAAGUAUGUCUUGUCUAUAAAGAGUAUUCACAGCUCAGUUUGCUUUGCCGCAUCAUGCAUGUGCUUUCUCUGCUUUUAAAUUCAGUCUAAUUUACAAAUUCUCCACUGCUUCAUCACUAUCAGGAUUGGUUCAAAGACUGAAAACUCACGUGGUGAGAGUCCGGCUUGUUUUAUCUUGGUAUGAAUUCCCAGUGCACUGAAUGUGUGUUAAAAUCUGGUUAGAGAUUGUUAACAUAAACAAAAUGAGGCAUUUUAACCAAUGGAACUACAUGAUUGAUUAAAAACUUUAUUGCAUAUAAUUGGAUUAAACAAAGCAAGCAGGUUUAACAUAAGUUAUAACUACUCAUGCAUAUUGGUUUGCUCCUUACUACAUCCUGCUGUGUUUGUAUAUUACAAUUUCUUUUUUUUUACAAUCUACUUUAUGGACUAUCUAUAUGCAUACCAUUGUUCUCCGAACACUAAUUUUAAUUCUCGUUGGCGGUAAAACUUCCAUUUACUAUCUCUUGCCUUAGGAUGACUUAGUUACUUGUUCUGCUUUUUUCAGUACUUCCAAGCAAAUCUGGUAGUUUAGUAUCAGAGAUAAUGGGAACUGCAGAUGCUGGAGAAUUCCAAGAUAAUAAAAUGUGAGGCUGGAUGAACACAGCAGGCCAAGCAGCAUCUCAGGAGCACAAAAGCUUCCAAGUUAAUAAAAUGUGAGGCUGGAUGAACACAGCAGGCCAAGCAGCAUCUCAGGAGCACAAAAGUUUCCAAGAUAAUAUUUGUGCUCCUGAGAUGCUGCUUGGCCUGCUGUGUUCAUCCAGCCUCACAUUUUAUUAUCUUCAAAUCUGGUAGUUUCUUUUUUUUGUUACAAACCUCAAGGAGGACCAGUGUGGAUCUGUUCACUAGUAUCAUAGUGAACCCGUUUCCAAAUUCUGUACCUUCCCGAUGGUUAAGCUGACCUGAAAUGCUUGCUGCAUUUCGCAGUGAACUGAGUUAUUUUUCAUUCUUCUUACAGUACAGAGCUAUCUAUUUGCUACUUAUUUUGACUCCCUCAUCUAGGUGAGCUAGGGCCCAUGCACUCUCGUUUCAUUCGCAACAACCACUUGGAUCAGUCUGUCUCUUUUUAUGUGGCCUGACCUACUUUCAGUCAGCCCAGGGGCAUUGUUUCAGUUUGACUCUAAAGAAAAUAAAUGUUUCCCUUUUUUUGA